CGCCCCCGCCGAGGCGGAAGUGGAGCCACCUGCCACCGCCCGCUUCCCAGCCGCGCCUUAGCAGUACCUCAGCCCCGCCGCUCCUCGGCCCAUGGCCGCCUACCCGUACCGCCCGGGCCCCGGCGCCGGCCCUGCCGCGGGCGCCGCGCUGCCGGACCAGAGCUUCCUGUGGAACGUCUUCCAGAGGGUUGAUAAGGACAGGAGCGGUGUGAUAUCCGACAACGAGCUUCAGCAAGCACUGUCCAAUGGCACCUGGACUCCGUUUAAUCCAGUGACUGUCAGAUCGAUCAUAUCCAUGUUUGACAGAGAGAACAAGGCCGGCGUGAACUUCAGUGAGUUCACUGGUGUCUGGAAGUACAUCACGGACUGGCAGAACGUCUUCCGCACGUACGACAGGGACAACUCGGGCAUGAUCGACAAGAACGAGCUCAAGCAAGCCCUCUCAGGUUUCGGGUACCGGCUCUCUGACCAGUUUCACGACAUCCUCAUUCGGAAGUUCGACCGACAAGGCCGGGGGCAGAUCGCCUUCGACGACUUCAUCCAGGGCUGCAUCGUGCUGCAGAGGUUGACAGAUAUAUUCAGACGCUACGAUACAGACCAGGACGGCUGGAUCCAAGUGUCAUAUGAACAGUAUCUGUCCAUGGUCUUCAGCAUCGUAUGACCCUGCCUUUCUGCAAAUACCAGCAUGACUUAUGGAAAAAAAAAGACUGAAAAUGCCAAAUCUCUUACCUUUAAUGAAACAGACAUCAAUGCAGUUAGAUACUGUUCUUUCUUUAAAUUUUGUAUAACUACUGUUUGGGGACCCAACUGUAUAUAUGUGGAUAAGCUGGUUAACGUUUCCCACUUGUAACAAUAGUUAUAUCUUUCCUUAGAUACAGACAUUUGAUAUGAGGCUGUUUAAUUGUGCCAUGAGAUAACAUAAUAAUGUUUCAGGUAUUCUGCUUGCAAAAAACUUAUCAUGUGCUUUUUUAGAUAGCUCUAGUUCUAGAGUGGAAAUACUUUAUUAGCCAUUAGGAACUUUAAAUAAUAUGGAACUUGCACAGAAGGCCACUCACGUGCCUUACUUUUUAAAGGGGGUUUACUGUAUUCACUUGAAUGUGCAGCGUAAGCAAUAAAGCACACGUAUCCUUGUG